AUGCUCUCGCCACGCACUGACACGGUGUGCCUGACAGCACCAGCAGCAGCAGAAGUGGAAAAGCCGAAGUUCCAUGUCUGCGUCAUCCUGUCCCUGGCUACAAGCACCCUAGCUGGAUACCUUCCUCAUCGCUACAGUUUUGGCAGCAAUGUAGGCCUUGCAAGCGACGUUGCCCUAUACAGUGGUGUUGACCUCGGCAGUGGCGUUGGCUUCCCCAGCUAUGGUCUGAGCAACGAAAUUGGCUACUCCGGUCUUACCUGCUUCGGGGUCGGCCAUGGGCUUCCCUGCAGAACAGCUGUGAGGUACGCUGUUGCAGCCCCAGCUGUUCGUCGUACCGUCUCCACUUACGAUUCUGCUCCAAGAGUGACGGCUGCAAACUCUGCUCCAGCUGUCACUAACUACGCCACUGCUACAGCCGUGUCCCGCUUCGCCACCUACCAGUCUUCUCCAGCUGUCGCUACCAACGCUGAUUCAGCCUACGUCACCUCCCGGAGCGUCCGAGGCGUCACUGCUGCCUCAGAUGCAGCCCCUGCUAUGUCGCGCAUCACCACCUCCGAGUCGGCUACAGUUGUCACUACCAAUGAUGCGUCAGUAGUCUCCCCUGUCAACUCUCGGAAUGUCCAAGGCGUCGCUGCUGCCUCAGCUGCAGACCCUGCUCUGUCGCGCAUCCCCACCUCCGAGUCGGCUCCAGUUGUCACUACCAACGAUGCGUCGGCUGCCUCCCCUGUCAACUCUCGGAGCGUCCAAGGCGUCGCUGCUGCCUCAGCUGCAGACCCUGCUCUGUCGCGCCUCACCACCUCCGAGUCGGCUCCAGUUGUCACUACCAACGCUGCUCCCGCUGUUCCCCAUGUCACCUCCCGGAGCGUCCGAGGCGUCGCUGAAGCCUCAGUCGCAGCCCCUGCUAUGUCGCACAUCACCACCUCCGAGUGGGCUCCAGUUGUCACUACCAACGAUGCCUCGGCUGUCUCCCCUGUCAACUCUCGGAGUGUCCAAGGCGUCGUUGCUGCCUCAGCUGCAGCCCCUGCUCUGUCGCGCCUCACCACCUCCGAGUCCGCUCCAGUUGUCACUACCAACGCAGCCCCAGCUGUCACCAAAGUUCUCCGGUCUGCCCCAACUGUCGCUGCUGCUCCAGCUGUGUCCUACGUGACAACCUUCAAGGCGACCCCAGCUACGGCCACCAUCGUCCACGCUGCCCCAAUCACCACCUUCACCGUUGACCCAGCUGUCGCUGCAAUUUACGCUCCCCCACCUCGUCCGAUCACCAACGUCAACUACAUGCCAGCUGCCGCCCCAGUCUAUGACUACGGUGUUGGAAACCUCGGCUACGGCGCUGGCCACCACGGUCUCGGCCUCGGACUUGGUGUCUACGGCCUGAACUACGACUAUGGUCUUGGAACUCCCUCCUACUAUAACAACCGCUUCCACAGGAAGAAGUCACACAAGGUAACGCCUGUUGGGUUGAAAGAACAACAUCCUGCCAGCUACAGUGUGUCUCACCACACUGGUGUCAAUAGCGCCACUAGCAGCGUUGCAAGCGUGGCACUGGAUGGUGAACCAGACUGA